UGUAACACAUACUCACACAUUCACUCUUCUUAUAGUUGAGUUAUACACUAGCCUACACUGCUUUAUUGUAUGCUGCGCGGAGAAAGUCAGACAGAGCAGUGAAAGAAUCUGACACUGUGCCCAAACAUCCCUGACAGUCGGAUGUGGAUUGGUUGGCGAAUGGAGUGAAUCACUGAUUUCGUUUUCACUUUGAGGCAGGUUUCGUUGGUUUCCCAUGCCACUCGCAGAAUGGACUGAGGAUGGGGGUUCCACUGUUUGCUUGGCGCAUCCAUCUGUGAUAGCUGAGUUUGUUCUCGUCACUCAUCAAAUACAGGGCAAAAAGAAGUUUCCGGAGCAGAAUCUGGGAAUAUUUGUUCAUGUUUACUGAAGCACAAGACCCACUGAAAACAUGAGCAACAUCUACGAGUCUGCCGCCAACUCCCUGGGCCUCUUCAACAGCCCCUGCCUGACCAAAGUGGAGCUGCGUGUGACCUGUAAAGGGAUCUCGGACAGGGAUGCUCUCUCCAAGCCUGACCCCUGUGUCGUUAUCAAGAUGCAAUCCCAUGGACAGUGGCUUGAGGUGGACAGAACAGAGGUGAUCCGCAGUUGCAUCAACCCCACCUUCUCCAAGGUGUUCACCCUGGACUACUACUUUGAGGAGGUGCAGCGUCUCCGCUAUGAGCUCUACGACAUCAGCAGCAACUACAAUGGCAUCAAGGAGGCAGACUUCCUGGGAGCCAUGGAGUGCACCCUUGGACAGAUUGUGUCCCAGAGAAAACUGUCCAAAGCCCUCCUCAAACAGGGGAACACGGUGGGGAAAUCCUCCAUCACGAUUACUGCAGAGGAGUUGUCUGGGAACGAUGACUAUGUAGAGCUCUCCUUCAGUGCCAGAAAACUUGACGAUAAGGACUUUUUCAGCAAAUCAGAUCCCUUUUUGGAGAUUUUCAGAGUGAAUGAUGACUCCACCCAACAGCUUGUGCACAGAACAGAGACAGUCAUGAACAACCUCAACCCUGUCUGGCAAACUUUCAAAGUUUCCCUGAACUCCUUAUGUAGCGGUGAUCAUAACCGAAUACUUACGUGCAAAGUGUGGGACUGGGACUCUAAUGGCAAACACGACUUCAUUGGUGAAUUUGAGGCCACCUUUAAAGAAAUGCGAGGGGCCAUGGACGGGAGACAGGUGCAAUGGGAAUGUAUUAAUCCAAAAUAUAAAGUAAAAAAGAAGAAUUACAAGAACUCUGGGAUUGUUAUUUGCAAUCAGUGCAAGAUUAUAAAGAUGCAUUCUUUCCUGGAUUACAUUAUGGGAGGUUGCCAGAUUCAGUUUACAGUUGCUAUUGAUUUCACUGCGUCUAAUGGGGACCCCAAGAAUAGCUGCUCGCUCCACUACAUCCAUCCAUACCAGCCUAAUGAGUAUCUCAAAGCCCUGGUAGCGGUGGGGGAGAUUUGCCAGGACUACGACAGCGACAAAAUGUUUCCCGCAUUUGGCUUUGGUGCUCAGAUACCUCCAGACUUCAAGGUCUCCCAUGAUUUUGCUGUGAAUUUUAAUGAGGACAACCCAGAAUGCGCAGGUAUACAGGGUGUGGUGGAAGCCUACCAAAACUGCCUUCCCAAGAUCCAGCUGUAUGGCCCCACGAACAUCGCUCCAAUCAUCCAGAAAGUAGCCCACUCAGCCUCGGAGGAGAUGCACACCAAAGAGGCCAUGCAAUACUUCAUAUUGCUGAUUCUGACGGACGGGGUCAUCACAGACAUGGCAGACACCAGGGAGGCCAUCGUCCACGCCUCUCAGUUGCCCAUGUCCAUCAUCAUCGUGGGAGUGGGCAACGCCGACUUCAGUGACAUGCAAAUGUUGGACGGGGACGAUGGCAUUCUCCGCUCGCCCAAGGGGGAGCCUGUGCUGCGGGACAUCGUCCAGUUUGUGCCGUUUCGCAACUUCAAACAUGCUACUCCCGCAGCACUCGCAAAAAGUGUCUUAGCUGAAGUGCCCAACCAGGUGGUGGACUACUACAACAGCAAGGGCAUCAAGCCAAAAUGCCCGAGCGAGUUUGAGUCUUCCAGGACAUUUGGCCAUUAGGCUGUGAAAGCCCAGCCUGGGACUUUGCUCAUUGCGGACGUUAAGCACGUUACUUUAGCAUUGAUACUUUAACAUUAUUAAAAAAUGAAGUACUUUUUCUUUGAAUUGUUUUGCAUGUGUAGCCCUUGGUGGCUUGCAUCUGUGUUGCAAUGGUAGAGUUAACUACUGUGGAGAGACGGAACAAACCAAUGAACGACCAAAAUGAGCAUGUGGACUGGGGGUCUACUAGUGAUGUAAUGUAUUUGUUUUUUAUAAAGGUUUGUUGAAGUUUUGCAAAUUUCUUAAUAUUCCUACAGUGCAAAGCAUUUUGGAUCACUGGCAAUGGAUAUGUGCCCAUAUUAGAGUUAUCUGCAUCUACAAAACACAGACUUUUUUGCAGAACAAUAUCAGAUGCAUGAACUAGAUUUUGCAUGUUGAAAAAUAUAUUAUAAAAUUAUAAAUGAUACAAUUAUCCUGUUUUUUUUUUUUUUCAUUCAACCUCAUGUUUUAAUAGGACUUAAUUGUGUCUUUUCCCAGUUUGUAAUGGCUAUGAAAUAUGAAAGAAUGUUAAGCACAACACAUUUUGAGCAAAUGCUAUCCUAUAAGAGUAACACUUUAGAAUAUGUUUUGAUUGUUUACAACUAUUGUUAAUUAAAUGAAUAUUCUGUAUAUUUAUGAAAUAUUUAAUGACUGUAAAUGACGUGUUGCACUAAACCGAUGAAUGUAGCAGCAAAGAUUUGUAGUUAAUUUGUGACCUUUGUAGACAGACAGUGAUAUUACUGUGUGCAUUGUGCAUGCCAUCACAAGUCUUCCAUUGUUUCUCCACUUCAUGGGUUAAUGGACGAAGUCAAGUCAAGUUCCUUUGUUGUUUGUAUUCUAAAGUGUUACGAAACCAUGAGCCUGAUAUAUUGUAAUAUUCUUUUUAA